UGCAGAGUUCUCAGAGCAAACCUCAACACAACCAUCGGCUGUCGACGGCAGAUUUUCCACCCCCGCAGGAGUCCGGAGCACGCUGCUACCAUAACCCCGCUGCCAACAACCGCUGUGCCGGAAAUUCCUCUUCCUGCACACAGCAGGGGAGAGAGAGAGAGCCGAUAAAAUAAAAUGGGAAGAGAGAGAGGUCAGCAAAUCAUUCUUUUUUUAAAAAAAUCUCUACGGCCUCGUGCAAUGUUGCGGCGAUGUCCUCUCUGCUGCUUGCUGGACCUGCAUCUGCAAUGCCGUGGAUAGGGUCAAGGCCGCCUGCCCAAAUAAGAAGUCCGCCACGGUAUGGUUUGGGUACUCCUGCUUACUUCGUUUCUCUGAUACACAAUUCUUCGGGAGCAUUGAUAAAAGUGAGAAGAUUUGGUUAACCUCCAAGCAAGCAGAAAACCUGCCCACCCGGGAUUCCGGAGGCUGCCCGGGGUUUUGUGUACGAAUUAGCCGGAAAUGCUGCCAUUAACACAAAGAUGUCCGCUACCAAGGUAGAGGCGCAGGAUGGGUAUAGCAGCUAUGGAAUAGCUUAAUGCUCCGAGACCUUGUGCUUUGCAGGGUGUGCUUCCAGCAUGCUAUUGAUAAGAUUGAGAAUGACAACUCACUAGGCCCAAGGUGGCGGUCUCUUUCCUAGAGCUGCAUCAUCGGGUAUGACACCAAGCCUUACUUUCUGAUCUCACAGGCUCCGGCGCCGGUGCCGUCGUUGUCAUUAGCAUUCGCCGCGGCUGCUGUUGUAAAACACCCACCAGGUUAAGUGGUGAACUUCUAUUUCAUUCCCCUACCCUCAAUUCGCUUUGAAUAGUUGGCGGACUGUCACAAGAUGAGGUAUGGGAGCUAAAGGUUUUGGGACAGAGCUCACCUCUGUCCUUUCGUCUCUGCUUUUCCCUGCUGACCGAUUUUGAAUCUGCCUCGUUUCUUUUCGUUGCCCGGAUCAUAGAGCGACAAUGAGCCCCGGCAAGCCUGGGGCAUCCUGUGCACGGAACCAGCUUUCACAGACAGUAGCCUUUUUAGGAUGCAUACAGGGUAUCGCUCUUUGGGUCGCAAACGGUGACAAGUUGAAAUUGAAGUCUGCCGGAGGUUGCUGGUUGGUUAAAUAUCUAAAACUUAUACAAUUAAAUAUAUCAUAAACUGUGGUUAAGAACACCAUAGUUGUACGUUUCCACGGAUAUCAUGUUUUAGUGAUGCAAAUGGUGGAACCUAUUGCAGGAAAUUUGCUUUAUGGCUUGUAUACUUCCAACUUUACCUAUCAUUUUCCCACUUCCAGACACGCACUUGAGAAACUGAAAAAGAUCUAUUGAACUUUCAUAUAUAUCAUAGCAGAUAGUAGAAGUGGUAACUUGAGGAGAACCGUGAUUAUCACUUGCUCCACCGUGGGGAUAUAACUACUUAUAGCAAUAUGCAUUACCGUUUCGGUUUUCUGCGUCGAAAGAGGGAAGAUCUUAAAGAGGACCUAAGAAAACACAGCAGUACUGAGAUGGCUUCACUGGGUAACCUCAUUGAGGAUGAAAGAAUUCAUGAGCUACCUCAAUACAGCCUAAAAGCAGUGCAAGCGGCCACCAACAAUUUGUCGCAGGAAAAUAAGCUCGGAAGAGGAGGAUUUGGCCGUGUGUAUAAGGGAGAACUCAAUGGUCGGCUGGUUGCAGUGAAAACUUUUCAUCAAAGCUCUGGCCAAGGCUUGAAGGAGUUUACGAAUGAAGUUAUAUUGAUGACAAGGCUUCAACACAAGAACUUGGUCCGUUUACUGGGUUGCUGUAUAGAGCGGGGAGAAAAGAUGCUUAUCUAUGAGUUCAUGACCAAUGGCAGCCUUGAUGCAUUUUUUUAUGACCCAGAGAAGCGUAAAUCAUUGGACUGGGAGACACGAUUCAAUAUAAUUAUUGAAAGUGCAAGGGCGAUUCUGUAUCUUCAUCGAGAUUCCCGGCUCAAUAUCUUUCAUCGGGACCUUAAAGCAGCAAAUGUGUUAUUGGAUGAGCAGAUGACAGCAAAGAUUUCUGGCUUCGGAAUCGCCAUAAUGUUCAGUGGAGAUAAUGACCCAAUAACCAUCGAUCGCAUUGCUGGAACACUUGGAUACAUGGCUCCUGAGUAUGCCAUAGAUGGGCAAUUUUCCAUCAAAUCUGAUGUCUACAGCUUUGGUGUACUGCUCUUAGAAAUUGUCAGUGGUCGGACAAGUGGUGGAUUUCGGUCCUCUCCAAUGGGUUGUUGCCUCAAUGAAUAUGCCUGGACUCUAUGGGGCAACGGGACAAUGUCAGAUCUCAUAGAUCCCGUGCUUGGAGAAUCAGCUCCCACAAGGCAAAUUUUAAGGUGUUUGCACAUUGGCUUGCUAUGCGUUCAGGAGGACCCUGCAAGCAGACCUACUAUGUCAGCCAUUAUACACAUGCUCGAAUGUGAUUCUCCAAUCCUUCCAUCUCCGCAACAACCCUCUCUGCUCUUCAGUGGUAGCAUCAGCAAUGCUAGCAGUUCAAUGGACAGUACAAACGAAUGAACGAUCGUCCCUCCAGAAGAGGCAGCACAGAUUCUUAAAGUUUACCGAUGUUGGAGAUGUGCAUCGCAUAUUUAUUUGCAUGAACGGAUGUAGCGAUAUGCUCAAUGACAUUGCCAGUAUGCUCUCUGUAAGCUAUUUGGUCAUGCGACUUGUUCCACUGUUGGGAAGACUUAUAAUUAAGGCAUCUGCUUUUGCCUUUUGGCCCAACAGCUUGCUUUGGGAAGACUAGUAAUGCGUGGUUAUGUGAGACUAGCAGAUGAUGGGGAUGCUAGAUCAAUACAUAUUUUAACAAUGUGAUUUUGCAGAUCACAGCUUCUGCUCUAUAAAUUAUAUU